AUGUUCGACUGUUUAUUUCCCUGCUUAAGGCCUGAUGACUUGGAGCAUGGGUGCAGUCAGGACGUGGCGCUGGCCGUGCUGCUGGACCAGGCUUUCAGGAUCAGGGAGGAGGUGGCCGCAGGUCUGCAGUCCAAACGCGGCUCCGUCCAGGUGGAGGCAGUUUCCCGCAAGCUGCUGGAGAGCCACAUCCUCACCAUCACACGCAUCGUGAAGCAGCUCAGCAGCGACAUGCAGGUGCUGGAGAAGCAGAUCACCCAGCGGGAUUCUGUGACGUCUUUAACCACAGCGGCAGUGCAAAACCUGGACCAGAAAAGCAUGGCGAGCAUCGGAGACUUGAGAGGAAGAGUAGCCAGGUGCGAUGCCAGCAUCGUCAAGCUGAGAGCUGACGUGAGCUCUGGGGAGCAGCAAGUGAUUAAACUGCAGAAGGAUGUUGAAGGGCUCAGAGCAGCUGUGGAGGCACAUCUCAAAGUGCUGGAAGUCAAGCUUCAGCGGGGUGUUGGGAACCUGGAAGCCUUGAUGGAAAAGCGAUCCCAGAGUGAACAGAGCUCCAUGUCUGACUUUCAGAGACAAGUUACACUGCUGGAAAACAGGAUGUCAGGAGAGAUAAAGAAAGUCUCGGAGCAAACAGAUCUGCUAAGGAAGUGGACAGAACAACAGCUCAACGCCCACGUGCAGACACUUGCACAGAGCAGUGUGCAGCUCCGCUCACUUCUACAAGACAAAAUGUUGGAGGCAGAGUCUCGGUUGUCGGAGCGUGUUCUGGCUCUGGAGGGGCGUGUGGAGCGCUGCGAGGGACGCCGCAGUCAGACCGACGAGCUGAAGCACUGUGAAGCCAAACUCAGUAGAAGAAUGACCUCAGUGGAGAACGGCGUCCAUCAGCAGCUGCAGCUGCUCAAACAGGAGUACCACACAGGGUUCCUCUCUGUGCACGAUGCAAUAGAAUCCCUCAGGAAGAUAUGUGACAUCAGAUCCCGUCUUGACAAGGAGAAGCUUCAGAGGGAUAACCGGCACCUUCGCCCCAGAGUGCCAGAGCUCGGUAACACGGACUGAAAAGGAGCCCUUCACUUGACUGUCACACCGGCCCUGAAGCAGCCGCUCGGAUCAAAUCAUCCAGAGGCGACACUCUGUGAGUGACAGCGUUGAUCGUUUCUUCACUAUCCUUCC